CUCAUAUAAUAUAUAAGCACAGACGCAGAUCCUAAACCCGAACCCGAAACUUGACGAUGGAUCGGGUGACGUGGCGAACCCAAGUGCUCUCGAACCACCUCCACCGCUCCUCCGCCUCGUCCGCUCUGACGGCCAACCCGUGCGUGGGGUUUUCGCCGCCGGAGCUGGCGGAGCGGUUCGAAUUCGAGACGAAGGAGAUGCGGAAGCUUCUGGACCACCACAAUCUGGAGGAGCGGGACUGGCUGUUCGGGCUGAUGAGGCAGAGCAAGCUGUUUAAUCCGAAGGAGGCCGGCGACGGCCGGGUGUUUGUGUCGCCGGACUACAACCAGAGCAUGGAGCAGCAGAGGGAGAUGACCCUGAAGCGGAUUGCCUACUUGUUGGAUCGCGGGGUUUUCAGAGGUUGGAUGACCGAGAAGGGGGUUGAGGCUGAGUUGAGGAAGUUUGCGUUUCAAGAAGUUGCUGCGAUUUAUGAUCAUUCGCUCUCUGUCAAGAUCGGUGUGCAUUUUUUUCUAUGGGGUGGUUCCAUUCUGUUCUUUGGCACAAAGCGCCAUCACGACAAGUGGCUGAGGGACACUGAGAAUUAUGCAAUCAAGGGCUGCUUUGCAAUGUCUGAGUUAGGGCACGGCAGUAAUGUUCGAGGAAUCGAAACAGUCACCACUUACGAUUCAAAAACUGGAGAGUUUGUCAUUAAUACUCCUUGUGAAUCUGCUCAGAAGUAUUGGAUUGGAGGGGCAGCUAAUCAUGCCACACACACUAUAGUCUUUUCACAACUCAUCAUAUCCGGGACCAAUCAAGGCGUCCAUGCAUUUAUAGCCCAGAUCAGGGAUGGAAAUGGGAACAUCUGUCCAAACAUCCGUAUUGCUGAUUGUGGUCAUAAAAUUGGUUUAAAUGGUGUUGAUAAUGGUCGAAUAUGGUUUGACAAUGUCCGAAUCCCCAGGGAAAAUUUGUUGAAUUCAGUAGCAGAUGUUUCCGCAGAAGGGCAAUAUCUGAGUGCAAUAAAAGACCCAGAUCAGAGAUUCGCAGCGUUCUUGGCUCCAUUGACAUCUGGACGUGUAACUAUAGCAACCAGUGCAAUUUACACAGCAAAGAUAAGUUUAGCAAUUGCCAUAAGGUACUCUUUGACAAGGCGGGCUUUUUCGGUUACACCAAACGGACCGGAAGUUCUAUUGCUUGAUUACCCAAGUCAUCGACACCGGCUCUUGCCUCUCCUUGCAAAGACAUAUGCUAUGACUUUUGCUGCAAAUCACCUAAAGAUGAUCUAUGUUAGGAGGACUCCUGAGUCGAGCAAAACCAUCCAUGUUGUUUCAAGUGCAUUCAAGGCUACACUUACCUGGCAUAACAUGCGAACUCUUCAGGAGUGCCGUGAAGCCUGUGGAGGGCAAGGUCUGAAGACUGAAAACCGCAUUGGUAAUCUGAAAGGUGAAUUUGAUGUGCAGUCUACUUUUGAGGGGGACAAUAAUGUUCUGAUGCAGCAGGUCAGCAAGGCACUUCUUGCAGAGUUUAUAACAGCUCAGAAGAGAAGUAAACCGUUUAAAGCUUUGGGAUUAGAACAUAUGAAUAAACCUUGCCCUGUCAUUCCAUCUCACCUUACAAGUUCUACUCUUCAGAGUAUCGAAUUUCAGAUGGAUGCAUUUUGCUUAAGAGAGCGGGAUCUACUGAAUCGCUUUGCUGUGGAAGUGUCACAACGACAAAAACAGGGAGAAAGCAAAGAGUACUCGGUUCUUCUGAGUUAUCAGCUUGCAGAUGAUUUGGGAAGAGCUUUCUCAGAUCGAACAAUAUUGCAAACCUUCAUCGAUGUAGAGGCAACUGUACCUGCUGGUUCACUGAAGAAUGUCUUAGCUACGUUGAGGACCUUGUAUGCAUUGAUUUGCUUGGAAGAGGAUGUGGCAUUCCUCCGAUACGGGUACUUAUCAACGGAUAAUGUUGCUGCCGUGAGGAAAGAAGUAAGCAGCCUCUGCAGAGAGCUACGACCCCAUGCACUUGCCUUGGUCAGUUCUUUUGGCAUCCCUGAUGCUUUCCUCGGUCCCAUAGCUUUUAACUGGAUUGAGUCAAAUUCAUGGUCUUCAGUUCAGCAGCACUAGAAAAUUCACAAUUUACUUCUUUCUCAUUGAAGAAAUAUCAAAAUGUUAGAAAAAUGCUGUAAUAAGAUUAGCAUGUAUGCCAUUAUAUUUAAAUUAAUGAUGGCUACUACUCUGAAGUGUUAAAUAAGAAAUGUUAUGGUUGUUUAUAUCUUUA